AUGGACGACAAUUCAACUCGCGUCGCAGACUACCUCGACGAUAGGCUGCAGACGCUCGGCGACCUCGACUCGCUCCACGACCUAUUGGCCACCAUCACCACCCAGCACGGCCUGCUCAAGAAACAGCUCCACGAUGCCCAGCGCGACCUUCACAACGCCAAAGACGCUGCCCACGCUCACCAUGACUCCCUCACCCAGCGUGCAGACGCUUUUAGGCACGAGCAGGCCGACAUUGACCGUCGCCUCAUGGUCAUAACCGCCUCGGAGACAAGCGACGAAGCCGUGCCCCGCUUCGCUGAGGUGCUCGACACGCUUCACCGUCUGGAUGUCGCCACCAACUAUGUAGACCUGUUGGCAGAAGUGGACAAGCUCAGUAAACAAGCCCAGGCAAAACUCCAGACGUCCAGCGAAGCCGCCCUCGCGCCGUACAAGCAGCUGCGUGCCAUUCACACGCGCCUCAUCAACCUGCAAGAAGACGCAGAGGGUGCCGCGCCCCAGCUGGUCUACUACGUCAGUAAAAUCACCCAUGCCCUGCGCACCAAGAUUCUCGACGCCUUCUCUGCCCAGCUCGAAUAUACGCUCAAGAAGAUACGUUGGCCCUUGCCCAAUGCAACUAUACCCACAAAUCUGCGCGAAGAAUGGGAGACUGCUAUUAUCAAGCUUCUCGAUCUGCAAUUGCCCGAGCUCGAGGGCAUGAGCUAUGCCAAUGGUUCUGGGAACAAGGUCAAGCUGCCGCCAGUGCUGUUCCCCAUGGAGGUACUGGUGCAGCCGCUCGAGAUGCGGUUCCGCUACCAUUUUGAAGGCGACAAGCCUACGAACCGAAUUGAUCGACCCGAGUAUUUUCUUUCACACAUCACCACGCUUCUGAACGACUACAGCGGAUUCGUCAAUGACCAUGUCCAGCCUGUUCUGCUACGCCACUUCCGCGGAACCGAUCUUGCGCUCAAUCCCGUCUACAUUGAUGCCAUGUCGGCCUUCAUAACUGCCCUACUACCCAUGCUGCGCACCAAGAUUGGCUCGUUGCUGCCCAAGGUUGCUGACCAGCCACAGCUCUUGAGCCACCUGAUACACGAGGUGAUGAACUUUGACACGGACCUCCGAGACACGUGGGGUUACGAUGCUGGUCAUGGCGUUGAAGGCUGGAAGGGGCUUUCAUGGGAAUUCCUCGUACAGGGUGAUUGGUUCGGACGGUGGCUGCAGGUGGAAAAGGAUUUUGCCCUAUCCCGCUAUCAGAACAUUGUCGAGGCUCCAGACUUUGGUGAUCUUGACUAUGAGAGCGUCGAUCCCAAAGCCACCAAGCCCACAAAAGGAGCGAUCCGCGUAAACGACCUGCUCGAGACCAUAACGGAUCGCUACAGGCCUCUAACUUCGUUUAGCCAGAAACUCACCUUCCUGAUUGAUAUUCAGAUUGCCAUCUUUGACAAGUUGCACGAGAGGCUGCAGAGCAAUCUCGAAGCGUACCUGACGAUGACUACGUCGCUGGGUCGUGCCAUGGGUGGUAUCACCAAAGAGGAACAGGAAAAGCUGCUUGGCGUCGAAGGACUGGAGCGCCUUUGCAAAACCUUUGGCAGUGCAGAUUAUCUCGAACGGGCCAUGCGUGAUUGGAGCGACGAUGUGUUUUUCCUGGAUAUCUGGGAGGAGCUACAAGAUCGCGCUCGUAGCCCGACCAGUAAUAUUGGUACCAUGACUGUUGCAGAUGUGGCCGGACGCACGUCAAAAAAAGUUGAGAGCGACGACAUGGAAGCAGGUUCGCUGUUUGACGAAACGGCAUCGUGGUACGCACGCCUUCGUGACCGCAGUGAGAAGAUUAUCAUCGACACACUGAACAGCAACGUGCGCGAGGCGCUGCGUGCAUAUCGGCACAUCAACCCGUGGGCCACGCUGGGUGGGCCCUCGGCUUCAAGUUCCGCUGCUGAACCCUCGCCGACCGCAGAGCUGGAUCCAUUGCUUGUUUAUCUGCGCACAACACUAGCGUUCCUUUCACGCGCCCUUGCCUCUGCGCCAUUGCGCCGCAUCACCCGGGCCAUGCUGACUACCAUUUCGACGGUGUUUUGGGAGAACGUACUGAGUCGGUACCGCUUCUCCACCCAGGGUGCCACACAGUUACACGCUGAUGUCUUGGCUGUGUGCCGCGUCGUCGACAAGCAUGUUGGCCCUGGUGUGGCAGAAACGGGACUGAGAAAGUGUCUCGAGGGUGUGAAACUUGUUGGCUUACCGGUCAAAGGCGGUCCAUCUAGUACAUCAGGCCAGGAUGAGGCCAAGCAUGACGACGGUGGCGAGGAUAACGAAGAUUGGGACACGGAGGCUUGGGGCGCUGUAGAAGACGGUGAUGAGGAUCCGUCGGAUGUUGCGCCAAAAGCAAAGCACCCCGGUGACACGACGUCAUUGGGCGGUGGAAAUGAGACUGGCGCUGCUGCUGGGGCUGAAGAGCUGCUGGGGCUGUGGGAAGUGGAAAAGCGGCUGUUUGCGGAUAACCAGGCGGCUAGGGAUGUGCUAGAUGAGUUGGGCCUCGAGCUACUGAGUGAGACGGAAGCGAGGUCUUUGCUGAGGCGCAGGGUUGAAUUGGCUGGUUAA